CUAUUCACAGCAAAAGCUUUUCGUUUUCGUUGACGCCCCUCAAACGGACCUAUCCAAGCAUCCGCCACCUCCCAAUGACUUCAUUUCCCACUAUCCCACCGCACUCGCCCUUGCGAACGCUUGCUACGAGCGGUGUCACAACAGAUACAAAACAGCGUGGAAGGUGACAGUUUCUAAAGUCAUAGUUGAAACAGAAAAUAAUGUCACAGACAGUGCCUCCAGGAUCUAAAGACGUUAGUGACACGAAAGUGUUGAACUUUCAAGAGUUUCUUAUUCAAAACGUUGACACACUUUGAACAUUGACGUGACUGCUAGCUAGUUAGCUUGCUAACCCUGCUAGCUAAGUUAUUUUGGUGUGCAGAAUCAGUUCGAUAGCCCUCGACAACCUCAAAUACGGCGUAGGGUGUAGACUGAGGCUGCCAACUGAAAAUAUAACUUAUGUAAAUUAAUUAAAAAAGAAGGGAAAACCAGAGGGAUCCACAGGGGGUGCUAGGAUAUCGACAAGUUUCAGGUAGUUGGCGUUGCCGCCCCCCGGUGGCCGGUGUGUAUGAGUGUGGGCAGCGGCUGGUGAGCGUCGUAGUCCACGGGGAUGGGGAAUGGAGUCGAGCAACACCAGGCAACGCCACUCACACAGGGAGAGGUGUUGCCACUGCCCUCCGACACCCAGGCAGAGGGUCUGAAGCCCCAGACGCGGUCCGUGGUUAACUCCCUCCUCUCAGGGGCCUUAGCUGGAGCCUUGGCCAAAACAGCCGUGGCCCCGCUGGAUAGAACCAAGAUCAUCUUCCAAGUGUCCUCAGCAAGAUUCUCUGCCAAGGAGGCGUACAGGUUGAUCUAUCGGACCUACCUGAAGGAUGGCUUCCUCAGCCUAUGGAGGGGCAACUCUGCCACCAUGGUGCGGGUCAUCCCGUACGCUGCCAUUCAGUUCUGUGCCCACGAGCAGUACAAGAGACUACUGGGAGGAUACUUCGGCUUCCAGGGCAAAGCCCUGCCGCCGGUGCCAAGGUUACUGGCGGGUUCCAUGGCCGGUACCACAGCUGCCAUGCUCACCUACCCUCUGGACAUGGUGCGAGCCAGGAUGGCCGUCACGCCCAAGGAGAUGUACAGUAACAUCAUCCAUGUGUUUGUGCGCAUCUCUCGUGAGGAGGGUUUGAAGACGCUGUACCGUGGUUUCACCCCCACCAUACUGGGCGUGGUGCCCUACGCUGGACUCAGCUUCUUCACCUAUGAGACACUCAAGAAAAUGCAUGCAGAGCGGAGCGGUCGCCCCCAGCCCUACUCGUACGAGCGGCUGGUGUUCGGGGCAUGCGCAGGUCUCCUGGGCCAGUCGGCCUCCUACCCGCUGGAUGUGGUGCGGCGGCGCAUGCAGACGGCGGGCGUGACGGGGCACACCUACGGCACCAUCAUGGGUACCAUGCGGGACAUUGUGGCGGAGGAGGGCGUGGUGCGGGGCCUCUACAAGGGCCUCAGUAUGAACUGGGUCAAAGGGCCCAUCGCCGUGGGGAUCAGCUUCACCACCUUUGACAUGAUGCAGAUCCUACUGAGGAAGCUGUACCAGCUGAGGUAUAAUAACAGGUAACCACUUGGGAGAGAGAAGGAAAAGGCCACGGCGGGAGACGAUAGAGCAACUGUCCUGCUAUUAUGAGAACCUCAGCACAAACGAAGUGAAAGCCAGGAUGAGAAAAACGUUCUCUUUCUAGAGUCAAGGCAUGAUGGACUGGGGAGUGUGUGAUUGAGUGAUCCAGGUCAGCACAGUGGAACACACACACACACACACACACACACACACACACACACACACACACACACACCGUGUGCAAAAUGAAUGUUUGCACAAUAUUUUUUGUGUCGUCUUCAAAUGUGUGUACGUACAUGGAGGCAGGAAGUCUCAUAAGAUGUACACUAUCGUCCUGUACGUUGUGUUCAAAUGCAAUAUGCUCAGUUAUUUAAUGUGUGUAAAUAUUCACACAAAAUGCACAGUGGUCUACAGAUGUAAAGGACAAGUCCAGGCUACCUGUGUGUUUGUGUGUGUGAGACUGUGACAGACAAUGCACACCUUCCGGGUUGCUCCCUUGCCUUGUGUCCCUAUUUGAAGAGGGGACCUUCCAACAAUCUGGAUCAAAUUACUUGUUCCUAUCUAUCUCUUUCCACAUGAGUUGGAUUUGACUUUUAUCAAACGACAAUGUGCCCCCAUGAGAUUUAGUUUUGUUUGGUUGAUGAUUUUUGUGUAAUGAGUUAUACCAAAGCAUAUACAAGAGGGCCAUUGUAAUUAAUAAGAUGAAUUAUGACUAGAGAAGAUUGAUAUUAAUAUCGUUUUUUUGGUACAGUGAACUUCUCAGAGAAAAUAUACACUGAGUGUACAAAACAUUUCCAUAACAUAGACUGACCAGGUGAAUCCAGGUGCAAAGCUAUGA